CUUCGUCUCCUCACCUCUCCUCUACAGUUCCAUUUAUUACACAAUGUCGGAACCAAUCCCCAAUACUUCGACCACCACGACUGCAGCAGAACCCAGCUAUGUCCGGGCAGCAAAAUCCGUCGAACUCAAGGACUCGCAGUCAACAAUAACUGAUAAUAUCCAAGUGAACACCAAGGGUCUCAAAGCAACCAUCACCGAGGCAGUCGAAGACGACUCGCACAAGCCAACCCUGGCCCGCCUUGUGGCCAUCAUGGUGUCACUCUCGCUGGCCUCGUUCCUGGCUGGCCUGGACACCAGCAUCCUGGGCUCGGCGCUGCCGGCCAUCAGCAACAGCUUCGACGGGCUCUCGCAGGUAGCGUGGAUCUCGGCCGCCUACAUUUUGACAUUCACCUCGCUGCAGCCAAUCGUGUCCAAGGUGUCAGAGAUCUUUGGCCGGCUGCCGGUGUUGGUGGCAGCGCUGCUAGUGUUCUGUGCGGGCUCGGCAGUGUGCGGCGCCGCCUCGUCAGUCACGAUGCUGAUAGCCGGGCGGGCGCUGGCCGGAAUGGGUGGCUGCGGAUUGGUGACGAUGGUGCAGGUGGUCAUUAUCGACGUUCUGCCGCUGCGCGAGCGCGGCAUCUACAUGAGCUUCACUAAUCUGGCCAGCACCGCAGCGGUGGCAGCCGGUCCUUUGAUGGGCGGGGCAAUCACCGACCACUGGCUGUGGCGCUGGUGCUUCUAUCUGAACAUUCCAAUCUGCGCCCUAAUUCUGGUGGUCUCAAUUCUGUCGGUGCGCACGGCGCCAGCCCAGGGCACUGUGCGCGACAAGCUUAAGCGCGUGGACCUGCCAGGAGCUCUGUUGCUGCUGGCUGGCCUGGUACUGCUGAUCCUGGGGCUGAACUGGGGCGGGAAGGACUAUUCGUGGAAAUCGCCCGCAGUCAUCACCACACUGGUGCUCGGCCCGCUGCUCCUAGUGGGUUUUGUAUGUGUUGAGCGCUGGGUGGCCAAGGAGCCGAUCAUCCACCUACGUUUGUUCACCAGCCACAGCACGCUGCCGAUUCUGGUGGCCCAGUUCUUCCUGGGUAUCGGCAUCAUCUUCACCACCUUCUACAUGCCCAUUUAUUUCACAGUGGUACGCGGCACCAGCAGCACAAUCGCCGGUGUCUACAUCUUGCCCUACCUGGUAGGCAUGCUGGCCACCGGCCUGGUCAUGGGCCAGAUCAUUGCACGGUUCAACACCUACCGCCCAUUCAUCUGGACCGGUUUGGCUGGCAUGACCAUAGUCUCGGGGCUGUUUAGCCUGAUAACUUCGUCGACGUCAAUCGCUGUAGUGCUGGUAUUAAUGGGCGCAUUCGGCGUGUUCUCCGGCAUGGGUCUGAUGCCAUUGAUGAUUGCCAUUCAGGCUACCUGCCUGCCCAAGGACGCCGGCAUGGCGGCAACCCUGGCACUGUUCUUGCGGAACAUCGGCCAGAUCGUCGGUAUUGCGAUUAAUGGCGCCGUGUUGAACAACCAGCUGGUCAAGCAUCUGGGCAAAAUUGCCCUGGAGUUUCCCAUGCAUGCAGACACCGUGCGCUCAGCGCUGGAUAAUGGAUCGUUGGCGUGGAACAGUGGGCUGCCGGAAGACGUGAAAGUGGCGAUUCGCGAGGCGUACGCAAAGUCCCUGAAGGCCACCUAUGCGGCCAAUGCGCCGUUUGUCGGCAUUGCCUUUUUGCUGUGUCUGCUGAUUAAGCACAAGUCGUUGGGCAACCGCGCAAAGUCCUUUAGGAAGAAAAACAAGGUGUCGCCUGCGUAGACCAACAAAAGAUGAUAUGUCAUGUACAAAAAAUUAGUUAUUUUUUGAUGUUAAUACAGCUUUGUGAAUGAAAGAGACUAG